CCACUAACAUAGCUGCGCUGAUUCCCUACAUUGUCCCGCCCGCUCUUCUUCUUCUUCCUCACUCCGCUCGAUCGGAACUUUGGAAGAGCUUCUUCUACUCACUGACCGACUAUGUUUCGCUUCCCCAUAUCUUCUCGAAACCCCUAAACUCCAACCUCCAUUCCCAAAAUCCCUAAAAUGUUGCUCACCUCUCAGCAGCAACUCUUCAUCAACUCGCCACCACAAAUAAGCCCUCUUUGUAGCAACACUUCCGGAACUACCCUGAAACUCUCCGUCCAACUCCCCUGUCUCCGCCCUUCACUCAAUUCCUCCCUCCGUCUCGCCGGGUACGAGCCCCAGUCGCCGCCUUGGAAUUCCACCGUCAGACCCCGAAACUUCAGUCCUUUCGCAUACGAAUCCGACGGCUCAAUAACCACGCCGAGCAGCGGCGGCGGCGGCGUGACACUCGAUGCUUGUCUGGCAAUCGCGGAGUUCUUAUGCAUCUUCUCGUCGGCGAUUGUCACGGUGAGCUACGCCCUGAACUGUACUGUUCUUAGCGGGAGAAAGACAGCUUCGGCGGUGUUGGGGGUGAUUGGGAGCAAUGGUGCCUUCGCGUGGGGGGUGCUACUGCUGCUAAGCAGCGUGGUGAUUGGGGGCUGGAUAAGGCGCCGACAUUGGAGAAGGAUUUGCAAGGAAUCGGUGCGGGAAGGUCGAGAUAGCGUGAAUUUGCUCGAGAGAAUUGAGAAGUUAGAAGAGGAUUUGAAGAGUUCUGCUACCAUUGUUAGGGUUUUGUCCAGGCAGCUUGAGAAGUUGGGGAUCCGGUUCCGGCUGACCAGGAAGGCUUUGAAAGAGCCUAUUGCCGAGGCUGCAGCUUUGGCUCAAAGGAAUUCCGAAGCAACCCGUGCAUUAGCAAUGCAGGAAGACAUUCUGGAAAGGGAACUUGGUGAACUUCAGAAGGUUCUCCUUGCAAUGCAGGAGCAGCAAGAAAAGCAACUGGACCUGAUUCUUGCAAUUACUAAGGUUGGAAAAUUAUCGGGCACUAAGCAGGAACACAAGCCGCAACAAGAUGUGGUUAAAACAUCUCAACUCACUGAAGAAGUAAAACAGUUUGAUACCCAUGAACGUCAAGUGUCUGGUGCAAGAAAGGGAACCAACAAUGACACAUCAUAGCCGCAUCUCCUUUUGGGCAAACUUGCGUAUGAAGUGGACACAGUGUUUUGGUUUUGGAUGAGUUGCAGUAUCGAUCCCCUGGAAUUUCUUCAAGUCAUUGUAUGUUGAAGUGAAAGAGAGCUCAUAGUCAAGUGGAAUUUUGCAAGUUAUAGUAUGUUGCAGUGCUCGUGGUCAAGUUCUCAAAUUUCAGGGAGUUCAGAGGUCAUAUCCAAAUUUCCCGGAGGUAAAUUCUACCUGGUGCAACUCCGCGGUAUUGCUUCUCCAAAUGCACUUUCAUUCCUGUCGAAGAAAGGGCAUUCCAAAAAGCCGAACAGACUUAAACAGCUUGGAAUUGGGGUGUUCAUGAAUUCUUGGUUGCACGACUGAGACCAAAUUUGUUCGUUAUGGUAAGCCCCCUGUUGAUGCAAUUUGGGUAUUUAAUGUGGGAGAGACAGUCUUUAUUCUGAGUUUGCGUAGCUUUUAUGAAGAACUAUUCCUGGAACGAAGAUUUUAUUGCCAACUUUGUAAUGCGCGAUAGAAAGUCGAAGCGGUGGAAAGAUGAACAAGUUACCACGGUACCACCCAUUCCACGUUUGGUGACUUAAAUUAUAUAAACUAGUUCUCAGCCCGCGCUCCGCCGCGGGUUAAGUUUGGCUUGAGUAAUUUCAUG